AUGAAACCCUCGUCCUCCUCUUCCUCAUCCAAAAAGACGAGCCAAGGUAUUCCUCCCAAGUUUAUCGUCGAUGACAAUGGACACAUCAUCAAUAAGGAAAAACAUGCAAUUCCGAACUCAGCCUUUCCCGAUAUUCGGGAACCUCUCUGUCAAAGUAAUUUCAACUUUACUCCGGUCGGAUACACUGGCUUUGGUGUUCGACCCAACCAUGUAAUUCAAGGAGUGAGACCAGAGCUCCAAAACACAGUCGAUAAUGCCCAUCACUUUCUCCAUAAACAUGAAAAUCAAAAAUCAUUUGGUCACUCCACCAUUAGAAAAACAAAUACAUCAUUGAGUAAAUAA